AUGACGGACCAAGAUAGCUUGACCCUCGAAAGACGCAGAGAGCGUAACAGGUUAGCACAGCGCAAACAUCGUGAAAAUACAAAAUCAGAUUCCAACAGAUCACGACCACUAGAAUGCUAUAGCAUAUCGAGUGCGAAGCCACACUCGGAGAAAUAUUACCCAGCGACAUCGACCAACCCACACAGCUGCAUGUCUCCUGUGGGCCAUUGCCAAGAAGAUCUGACUUCGUCAGUCCCGUUCGGACCGAGUCCUACAUCCAACGGAGCCGACGGCCUGUCCACGGAAACGUGUUUCUUCAACGAGCCGUUUCUAGUGCAAACUCCCGAAUAUAGGGACCUCAACAUGGUAGCGACUAGUUUGCCACUUGAGGAUCGAAUACAAUUUGGCCCCUGUUACUGCAACAGGGAUUCAGAUCCUUCCGCCAGCCCGAGCAAACGCUUUCAUACCAGAAAUCUGUGCGACAGCUGCUAUAUUUACCCCGAGGAGCUUUUGAUGGCAGGGCAGCAACAGGGAACUCCCUUCAAAUUGCCCGCAAAUACACCCACUCGGCCUUUUGGACGAAAGAGCGAUCGCGACUUUAUGCCCGACAGUGGAGCAGGGUCGAGGACGUGGACGAUGCCCCUGCAUAUCGCUAUUACACGAGGUCAUCUCUCAGCGUUUAGACUACUCCUUGACCGGGGCGCUGAUCCUAAUGCGAUCGACGGAACAGGAUCCACAGCACUUCACGUAGCCGUUCGGGGGGGUCAUCACACAAUGGUACGUGAGCUGCUUCGGUACGGUGCCAGUACGAGCGUGGUUGACGCGGCCGGUUGGGUGCCGCUGCAUUACGCCGCUGAAACCGGUGACGAACAGUGUCUAGGAAUCUUACUGCAGGCAGGCGGGGGAUGA